UUUCACACUGCAAGUCAAACCAGUCAAGUUUCUCCACCUUUGUCGUUAAAGUAUCGUCUGGCUCUCCGUUUCAUCCAUCCACGGAGUGAGAUACCUGUGUAAUUCUCAGCCGUUUCGGAAUAACGCCAGCACCAUAAUUAUUCAUUUAUUCCGAGUGAUAAGUUUCUGGAAAGAAAAAUCCAUCUGUGACUGUGUCUCGGUGGUCCCCCACCGACUCGCACAGUAGCGAGUGAUUGGACUCUCGGCUGAAUAAUUACAGACUGUUACAAUGGUAGACUACUAUAAAGUUCUUGAAAUCACACGGGUGGCGACUACGGCGGACAUCAAGAAGGCUUAUCGUAAAUUAGCACUGAAAUGGCAUCCGGAUAAAAACCCAGACGAUCUCGAGGAGUCGACGAAGAAAUUCAAAGAGAUCUCGGAGGCGUAUGAAGUAUUGAUUGACGAGAAGAAGAGACGAGUUUACGAUCAGUAUGGCAAAGAGGGUCUUCAGAUUCCUGGCAACAAACGCAGACAUGAGGACGAAGAUUUCGAUCAGUUCCAUAACUGGUUUGUGUUCAGAGAUCCUGAGGAUGUCUUCAGAGAAUUUUUCCAUGGUUCACCUUUCAACGAUCUGUUCGAUGUUCUGAAUGGAGCUAAUGGACGCAGAGGAUUACACAGGCACAGUUCCAGGCACAACACAUUGGGCUCACCAUUUGGCACACUUGAUCUCAGUCUAUCGUCGCCUUUUGGAUUUUUCGGUAAUGGUGGUGAUCUUGGUUUUUCGUCAUUCAGCAAUUUUUCAACGGGCUCGUCACCCAGCUCCGGGGCAGCUGUCAAAAAGACAAGCACAUCCACUAGAUUCAUCAAUGGAAAGAAAAUAACAACUCACAAGGUCGUCGAGGGUGGCAAAGAGACUAUAACCUUCUACGAAAACGACGUAAUAAAGUCAAGGACAGUCAACGGAGUUCCACAAUCAAUCACGUUGAAUGAGGCAUCGACGAGUCGUCAAGUGAGUGACAAAAUCAGCGAUACGUCGUCAACUGGUAGCCACGGUGGUCAUGCUAGAGACAGUACGAAACAGUUACAUACGGAUAAAUCACGGCUAAAAUCCCAUCACCAUCAUCCGCAUACGAAGCACGAAAAAACUAAAAGAAAGUGAAUUACGAAAGAGAGUGUGAGAGAGAGAAAAAAAAACAGCAAGAACAUGCUUCAUUCUUAAUCACUACUUCCCUUUUAUAUUUUCGCUGUAUGUGACCACCAUCCCCCAGCCCCUCUCGUCCAUCUGUAUACUUUUAUUCAAUCCAGAUUUCACCGCUUGAAAACAAUGAAAAUGAAAUGAAACGUUCUGGCUUUGUGCGGUAAUAGCUGUGAAUUCAUUUGAAAAUAAAAUUUAUAAGUAUGAGACAUUAACGAUAAAUGUCUGUCAUAUGGAGACUUAUUCAUCUCUGCUACGCAAUCUUAGAUGUUUGUACUCACAAUCGUAGAUUAUUAAGGACAUCUUUUAUCGUCAUUAGUAUCACCUGCGUUAAUUGAUUAAAUGUAUGGGUAGAAUACAGUCGAGUUAAGGAUAUGGAAAUUCACUAUGAUGACUGCGCAAUGUUCGAUGAUUUGUUUCGUGACUCUCGUGAAUUACGAUUAAUUGAAUCAGGGUGAAUUUCACUAGCGCCGUCAUGCGUUUUAGGAAAAUUUCUUUCUUCGAUGAUUUAUGAUAUAUGUGUAUAUAAUGAUAAGAGAUAGAGUUUAAGUUUAAAAAAAAUACAACUCUUAUUAUUCAAAA